AGGAAUGAUGUUUCUGAAAAUGGGACGAGAGCAGUCGGGGAUGUUCCUUGUACACGUUUAACCCCCGUCAUCCCCCCGCUGUCUCCCCCCUCCUCCUCCUCUCCUUCCUGCUGGCUCUGAGCGUCUUUAAGAGGGCAGCUGGAGGUGAGAGUACAGGUACACGCAGAGUGAGAGUUCACACACAUACACUGCAGGUCAGAGGCAGAGCAGAAGCAUGAGAGCAGCGUGGCUAUUAUGUGUGUGUGUGAGUGCAUGUUUAGGAGUUUUAUCUGUGGAAGUGGAUGAUCUGAAUGCGCUGGACAACACAGGUAAUAAUGGGACAGAGUCAGACUCACCUGCCAGUGAAUUCUUGGACACACCUGCCUUGGAGACAGCGCUGGCAGAUUCAAGAGGGAAUGGGGCAGACUGGAGCCAGAGAAAGGGGCACUCUAAGGAGACGGCUGCAGACACACAGACCUCUCUAGGGCGAACCGAGGCUGUGUGGGUGGAGCUAAACGCUGUCCUGGAAAGGAGAGGUGGAGCUCCAGGUAAAUUAAGCGCAAUUCUUCAGGAGCUCAGAGAGGAGAAGAAACGCCUCCUGGACCUGGGCGAAGAGCAAGCAAAGAGGAAGAAGGGAGAUGAUGAUGAAGAUGAGGAGGAAGAAGAUGACGAUGAAGAGGAAGAAGAAGAAGAAGAAGAGGAGGAGGAAGAGGAAGGGGAGGAGGAAGGACAAGAAGAAGAAGAAGAGGAAAAUGAGGAGAAUGAAGCUGCUAAUAACAGUACUGCGUCCAGAGAUAGCUUCACAGACUUGUUGCCAGAAGAAUGUCAGCUGGGUGGGGGUCGCAUUUUCUGCAAAGACAUUGGCAUGUCCCAUCUGCCCAUCAUCACUGACCUCAGCAUCACCAUACUCGAACUGUCUGGAAACAAUCUGACUAAAUUGCCUCCUCGUGGUCUCAGUGGGCUGCCUAACCUGGAAGAAAUUGACCUCAGCAGAAACCUUCUGGAUGACUCCUCUAUCGGCCCCUAUUUCUUCAAGAAUCUGACAAAGCUAAAAAAGCUGACCCUUGACGGCAACGGUCUGGUAACAAUCCCACGUCUGCCGCUGUCUCUGGAGGAGCUGAGGAUCAACGACAACAAAAUAAACCAACUGCUUUCCCAAAGCUUCAAAGGUUUGUCCAACCUGCACGUCUUAGAGCUGACUGGAAACAUCCUGUAUGAAGGCAGUGUGGAGGUCUUGGCCUUCAAACCUCUGAAGGGACUCAAGCACUUGAAAUUAGACAACAAUAGAUUCAGCUCUAUCCCAGUAGGACUGCCUCGAUUCUUAGAGGAAUUGAGGAUGUCCCACAAUCAGAUAGUGGAGGUGCAGGAGCACGUUCUGAACAAGUCGGUCAGUCUGAGAGUGCUGGAUCUGAGCCAUAAUCUCCUGAAGGAGAACAGUAUCUACCCUGAUGCCUGGAUCAAUCUGCCGAAGUUGGAGGCUCUGGACCUGUCUUACAAUCAGAUGGCCGUAGUACCCCCUCACCUACCCAGAGUUUUACGCCAACUCUCUCUCCAGCACAACCACAUCCAGGACAUCCCCCCUUUCUCGCUGAGCCAUCUUCGCCCAGGUCUGCAGUCCCUGAGGCUCUCUCACAACCAGCUGCUCGAGGAAAGGAUGUUGGGGAAGGCGUUCCGAGGUGCCUACAAAACACUGGUGGAGCUUCUUCUGGACAACAACUGGCUUGAAAGUGUUCCACAGAACAUCCGCCACUUCAAAAACCUGCAGCUGCUGCGGCUGGAUCACAACCGCAUCACCUCUGUUCCAGUGAAGUCAGUGUGCAAAGUCAGAGCGACUGAACCCUCCCCUCUGGUGGCUCUUCACCUGGAGAACAACCACAUCAACGUGAAGAAGAUUCCUCGCAAAGCGCUCUUGUGCAUCAAAGACCACCACAGAGUCAUACUGGAACCCCAGACUAAUAAUGAAAACCAGUAGAGCUUUGCAAAACAUUAUGCAACGUUAGCCUCGAGUUCAGCGUAUAACCUAAUUAUCUGAAUUAUUUAUUCAGUUAUAACUUUUAUUAUUUAUCUGCAUCUCCUUAGACAGUGUUGCUUUUCCUUCAUAUUGUUGAUUGACGCCUUUUUGUUUAUCUUUAGCUGAGCUUCUCAUUCCAGUCUUCAUACCAUCUCAGCACUUUUGCUUGUUCUAACAACGUGACUGUUCUUUCUGGAAAUGCUAUCUUGAUGCCAGAGCUAUUUUAGUAUUUGCUGAUUUUACAGUUUUUGUUGCCAAAUGUUCGUGUAUGGUGUAUAGUGUUUCUACAAAAACAGGGUGUCUAAAAUACAGGGUGUGUCAAAAGUAGGGUGUCUCAAAAGUUAUGUGAGGAAACACAUACAUAAAAUGAUAAUGGUUUCCAAGACAGUGAUCCAGUUUUGGAUACAAAACUUCAUUUUUCAUUUUAUAUGUGUGUUUCCUUACUGUCUAGACACUCUGUUCACCGAUUAGCCAUAACACUUACAUUUCUUUCAUUUUAUCCUAUUUUCUCCCCACUUUACACGGCCAAUUACCCAACGCUCUGAUUAGGACUUCCCCUAUCACUAGUGAUGCCCCAACACCAGGAGGUUGAAGACUAGCACAUGCCUCCUCCGAUACCUAUGAAGCAGCAUUGCCGAGUAGCAUCACAGCCCACUCUGAGAAAAACACAGUGACUCAGUUCCGAUACAUCAGCUCACAGAUGACUUGUGCUGAUCGACAUCACCCUUUUGGAGUGAUGUGGGGAGAGAGCUCCAUCUACCCACCCAGAGAGAGCAAGGACAAUCGUGCUCUCUCUGGGCUUUGGUAGCCGAUGGCAAGCUACAUGAACAGGAUUUGAACUGGCGAUUUCCUGAUCCAAAUUUCUUCAUUAUUUAUACAAUCACUGUCCAUUUUAUUCAUUUUACUAGUCAUAUAUCAGCACUUUUUAGUCUCCAUUGUUCCUGUUCUUUAAAAUUCAGGACCCUAUAGGACCACCGCAGAGCAGAUAUUAUUUGAGUGAAUGUUCAUUUUCAGCACUGUAGUGAUACUGACAUGGUGGUCGUGUGUUAGCAGUUUGUGUGUUCACUAAUACAACUGGAUCAGAAACAGCAGUGCUGCUGGUGUUUUUUAACAGCUCAGUUUCGUUCUUCACUGAGAAUAAUCAUCAACCAGACAUAUCCUGUAAACACUAUCCUGUAGGCAGCAUCCUGUGGACCCUACAAGUGGGCAGCCUCCUGUGACCACUGAUGGAGGAUUAAAGGAUGACCAAAAAACCAACAGUGUACCAACAGAUGAGCUUCUGUCUUUGACUUCACAUCUACAUGGUGGACCAGCUCAGUGGACACAGUGUUUAAAAACUCCAACAGCACUUCUGUUUUUGAUGCACCGCUACCAGAGAGCAACAGAAACUUACACACUAAAGAACAGGGUGAAGGGAGGAGAGUAAAGUUAGCAGAGAAACAGAAGAACUAGUUGACCAAAUGUAAAGUGACUAUAAACUGUAAAAACUAGGAGGUGGUGUUAUUGUUAUGGCUGAUUGGCGUAUGUGACUAAAGGUGAAAACUUCCAUCAGGAAAUUGUGAUACUGAUGUUAUAUAAUAUAAUAUCUUUUCCAUGAUAAACUUGAUCUAUGUAACAUGUCUUCUUAAUAAUAAUAAUGUAAAUAAACGAUUGAUUGCAAUAUAAACCAA